AUGUCGAGCCACCAGGUCAACGGCGAGGUCCACCCCUCCUCUGCCACCCUCUCUCACAUCACUGGCUACCCCGUCGUCAGCGACAGCCUGACCUACAUCAAGAAGAACCCUUACGGCCAGCGCUCCCUCGAGCUUGGCGGCUCUGCCUACGAGAAGUUUGCCAAGCCCGUGCUGCCCUACUUUGCCAAGCCCUACGAGUACGUCUCGCCUUACGUCAAGCGGGCCGACGACCUGGGCGAGCAGACGCUUUCCAAGAUUGACGACCGCCUCCCCGUGCUCAAGAAGCCCACCGACCAGCUCUGGGCCGACACCCAGAGCCUCAUCUACCUCCCCGUCCGCAAGGGCUCGGAGACCCGCGACCACGUCCUCAGCGUUUACAGCUCGGAGCUCAAGAAGAUCGGCGGCGAGGGUGUCGUCGUGAACGGCAAGGCCCUCGUCUCCACCGGUCUCGUCAUCACCACCGAGACGCUUACCUGGAUUGGCGACCUCCUCCGUGCUGGCCAGGCCAAGUCCAAGGAAGCCGGCAACAACGCUGCCCAGGCCCUCCAGUAG